AAUCUCAAUAAUUAUACUUUUUUGAAUUUUUUAGUACUAUCAACCAUUACGCACACCACAGCGCAGGAGUAGUAUUUUUGACCUUUCGCAAUCUGGAUCUAGGGUUUGCUUUUUUUUGAGACUUGUUCUCUGCCAUCAUUGAAACGAAAUACCAAGCCCUAGCACCAUCUUGACUGGUAAUUCUAUCUAUCGAUCUAAUCAAUCGAACCAUAUCACUCACAGAUCGAUCCUUGUCGAAGCAAAAUUUGUUUUUAGGGUUUGAAUUUUGGAUCAUCUCAAUUACAGAUCUAUUGUCUUAAAAUCUGAGCAAUCAAGAUCCCUAAUUUUGAUUUAGCUUUUGUUUGUUUGUUUGUUUUUUGUUCUCUCGACCUUUUUUAAUUUCACAAAAAUUUGAUCAUAUCUAAAUUUUGAUGACGAUGACGAUGGAUUUUGAUGGAGACUCUUGUGAUAUUCAAAAGGUGAAAGUUUUUGAAGCUAAAUACUGGAGAUUUUGAGUUUUAUGAGAAAGGGGUUUUGAUAUUUUCUUUUGGUAAAGAUGUAUAAAUCGGCAGUGUAUAAAGGGGAGGAGUUACUUGGAGAAGUAGAAAUAUAUCCACAACAGCAACAAGAAGGAGAAGAAGAGAAUCACAACAACAAGAAGAGAGUGAUAGAUGAGAUAUUGACGGGGAAGGAAAUCAGAAUAAGCCACUUCUCGCAACCGAGUGAGAGGUGUCCUCCACUGGCAGUGAUACAUACCAUUACAUGUGGGAUGUGCUUCAAAAUGGAGUCCAAGAAUACAGGCUCUCUUGACACGCCGCUUCAUCUUUUGCACUCCUCCUGUAUCCAGGAAAACAAGACUGCCAUAAUGCCAAUAGGAGGGGAGGAGCUCCAUUUGGUGGCAAUGUAUUCUAGAAAUGAUGAAAGACUUUAUCCAUGCUUCUGGGGAUUCAAUGUCUCAGCAGGGCUUUACAAUGCUUGUCUUGUCAUGCUGAACCUCAGAUGUCUUGGCAUUGUAUUUGAUCUUGAUGAGACCCUCAUUGUUGCAAACACAAUGCGAUCUUUUGAAGAUAGAAUCGAGGCUUUGCAGCGGAAAAUAAGCACUGAGAUGGACCCUCAGCGUAUUUCUGGUAUGCUGUCAGAGGUGAAGCGUUAUCAGGAUGACAAGACGAUUUUGAAGCAAUACGUGGAAAAUGAUCAGUUUAUUGAAAAUGGAAGGGUGAUCAAAACCCAGCUUGAGAUUGUUCCUGCCUUGUCUGAUAACCACCAACCUAUAGUGCGCCCAUUGAUACGAUUACAAGAGAGGAAUAUUAUUUUGACACGCAUCAAUCCACAGAUUCGUGAUACAAGUGUCCUUGUGAGGUUGAGACCUGCAUGGGAAGAACUUAGAAGUUACUUGACUGCUAGAGGGCGCAAACGUUUUGAGGUUUAUGUUUGCACAAUGGCUGAAAGAGAUUAUGCUUUAGAAAUGUGGAGGCUUCUUGAUCCAGAGUCAAACUUGAUAAACUCAAAAGAAUUAUUAGACCGGAUUGUGUGUGUCAAGUCUGGUUCAAGGAAGUCAUUGUUCAACGUUUUUCAAGAUGGAAUAUGCCAUCCUAAGAUGGCAUUGGUGAUUGAUGAUCGUUUAAAAGUGUGGGAUGAGAAAGAUCAACCUCGGGUGCAUGUUGUUCCUGCAUUUGCUCCAUACUAUGCUCCACAAGCAGAAGCAAAUAAUACUGUUCCAGUGUUGUGCGUUGCAAGAAAUGUUGCCUGCAAUGUCAGAGGUGGUUUCUUCAAGGAAUUUGAUGAGGGUCUUCUACAAAGGAUACCUGAGAUUUCAUAUGAAGAUGAUAUGAGCGACAUUCCUUCUCCUCCUGAUGUUAGCAACUAUUUGGUUUCAGAGGAUGAUGCUGCUACUUCAAAUGGACACAAAGAUCCACUUUUGUUUGAUGGCAUGGCAGAUGCUGAGGUUGAAAAACGACUAAAGGAAGCACUUUCAGCUUCUUCAAUGUUCCCUUCAACAGUCGCCAAUGUAGAUUCAAGGCUUGUUCCUCCUCUUCAGUACACAGUGGUAUCUUCUUCAAGUUCAACUCCAGUGCCAGCAGCACAGCCAUCUGUAAUGCCAUUUCCAAGCAUGCAGUUUCCUCAGGCAACCUCAUUAGUCAAACCGUUGGCUCAGGUUGGUCCUCCAGAACCAAGCUUGCAAAGUUCUCCUGCUAGAGAAGAGGGUGAGGUGCCAGAAUCAGAAUUAGAUCCUGAUACAAGGAGGCGGCUUCUUAUACUGCAACAUGGACAAGAUACUAGAGAUCAUGCACCGAGUGAAACACAAUUUCCUGUAAGACCUUCAAUGCAAGUUUCAACUCCACGGGUGCAGUCUUGUGGAAGCUGGGUUCCGGUGGAGGAAGAAAUGAGUCCCAGGCAGCUGAAUCGAGCAACACCAAGAGGAUUUUCUCUGGAUUCAGAACCAGUGCACAUUGAAAAGCACCGACCUCAUCAUACACCCUUUUUCCCCAAGGUUGAGAAUUCUAUUCCAUCUGAGAGAAUGCUUCAUGAGAAUCAAAGAUUGCCAAAAGUGUUGCAGGCACCUUAUAGAGAUGAUCGGUUGAGGAUAAACCAUACCAUGUCCAACUAUCAUUCUUUCUCAGGGGAGGAAAUUCCAUUGAGUCGACCAUCUUCCAGCAACAGGGAUCUUGAUUUUGAAUCUGAACGAGCUGUUCGAAGUGCAGAAACUCCAGUUGGAGUGUUGCAGGAAAUUGCAAUGAAGUGUGGGGCCAAGGUGGAAUUCAGGCCUUCAUUGGUUGAUAGCAGAGAUCUGCAGUUCUCCAUUGAGGCUUGGUUUGCUGGAGAGAAAGUUGGUGAGGGAAUUGGUAGAACAAGAAGGGAAGCCCAACAUCUUGCGGCUGAGGUUUCUGUUAAGAACUUGGCUAUCUCUGUCAGGUUGGAAAUUUCUCCUCUCCCUGCAUUACAUUGUGAUCAUGACAGCUUUGAAAAUGUUUUUCCAGACAUAUAUAUGGCACAAGCUAAGCCAGAUAAUGGGGCUUUGCAUGGGGAUGCAAGUAGAUAUUCUAGUGCAAAUGAAAAUGGUUAUUUGGGUAAUCUGAAUUCUUUUGGGAGUCAGACAUUGCCCAAAGAUGAGCCUGUCUCAUCAUCAUCUGCCUCAGAGCCAUCUAGGUUUCUGGAUCCUAGACUGGAAGGCUCUAAGAAAUCAAUGGGUUCAGUUACUGCACUCAAAGAAUUAUGCAUGACGGAAGGCCUUGGGGUAAAUUUUCUUGCACAGACACCGCUCUCUUCUAAUUCAGGCCAGAAGGAUGAAGUACAUGCACAGGUCGAAAUAGAUGGACAGGUUAUGGGGAAGGGGAUUGGGUCAACAUGGGAUGAGGCUAAAAUGCAGGCUGCUGAAAAGGCUCUAAGAACAAUGUAUGGUCAAUUUCCGCCAAAACGCCAGGGUUCCCCAAGGCCAAUGCAAGGGAUGUCAAAUAAACGUUUAAAAGUUCUGCAGCGUAUGCCUUCAUCUGCUAGAUAUCCCAAGAAUGCUCCUCCUGUUCCUUGAAGAUCAUACAACUUUUUCUGUUCCACUUUGAUGUAAAGUACUGGCAGGCUGUUCAGUUCCUGAACCAACUAUGACUCUUAACCUUGGGACUUUUUGAUCCACGUGAAACAAAGCCAAGUGGAACUCCAAUGUGACUGAUUUUAUUGCAGAUUUUCCUCAGUGACUGCUAUUCUACGAUGUUCAUGUUUCUGGAUUUCAAGCCACUUUUGUCUCACCUCUUUGAAUGGGGCCUUGAAAUUCCUCUGCUACAAAACAAUGACUGUAUCCAAUUCUGGGAACUCAAGCUUGGCGUGGAAAAGAAAAUUGGUGCUGUGUAUCCCCAUUUUUUUUGUGGUUGAUGCUGCCAGUGCUUCAGGAGAGCCUACUUAGCUCGGACUGUUCAUAUUGUUCAUAUGUUUAAGCAGAAACAAAAAUGGUGUGGAUGAAGAGCAGCUUCUGGCUGGUACUCAGGGUCUCUGCAUAAUACUAACCAUUGACAAUGUUACUGUAAGCUAAUCAACCAGUUUCUUUUGGCAUUGCCCAAGUGACAAGGUGAAGGUGCAUACCGAGUUACACCUAGGAAAUGUAAUACAGUUUUUUUUUUUUUCCUUGUUAAAUGGGUAGAAAAUUUUCAUCUUAA